AUGUCCUCUAAGAACUCCGGACAAGAGGGUGGCACAUGGACCAAAACCCACUCCAUAUGCACUACUACAAAACACACAAAGACCAACAACAAGGAAGCGGGCAAUCCCGCCUCCAUCAACAUGACCGCAUUGUUUGCAGCAAUGCCGCAACCACCAGCACCCUCGACUUCCUGGAGUCUCGUAGAGCCAAGGAAGAAGAAAAAUAGAAAGAGGAGGGAAAGACAACGCAGGUCUAGGACCAAAGAAAGACAAACAACAGGGGGAACUGGCAACAGUGAACCCGAUACAGAGGAGAGUGAGCGGUACACCACCGAUGGGGACACGCCAGCUGCUGCUCCUGGAGGUACCGGGAAACUGACUGGGGGACAUCAGAGCGCGGCAAAGCCCACACCGGGCAAUGCUACGCCGGUGAAAGACAGCACGGGACCUGCGGGCUCCUAUCGCAGCGGCACAGGCGGGUGCCCAGCGGGGGGAGGGCGCACAACCAACCUCUCUCACACCAUCAAAAUAGUGGGGGGCCCGAAAACGGUAAAAGAUGCUGGAGUACGCGUAGCUCCGGGUUACAAGGGCGGUCCCAGCGGCCAAUCAGCCCUGGAAACUGCCCGCCCGUCGAGCUCAAGCGGAAAAAGCUCUGGCGCCCAGGUCUCCUCCAAGACAAAAACCACACAUUUACAAAAGGCCCCAACCAAGCAAACCCAACGCCAGCUGCUGUCUAGUCGGCCACGCCUAAACAGCGGCACAAGCGAAGGGGAAACCUCGGAGGGGGGCCAGAUAAACAAAUCCAACAAGAGGGACCGACUAGACGACACCAUCUCACCGAAGGUAUCAUCGAAACGUCCCCGUACAACCCACAUGAGAAGGGAUGGGGAGAUGGGGAGACGAACCAGAUGGAUCCACUCAGAAGACAAACACACACAUGGA